GUAUAAUGAUGGUUUCCUUCUGAAAUGUAUCUCGUUUCAAAUGGCUGGUGCUUUACAAACUGACCCGAUCAAUCAACUUGAAGAAAAUCUACAAUGUACUGUUUGUCUGGAAGUAUUAACAGAUCCCAGAACCCUUCCUUGCCUUCAUUCGUUCUGUAAAGUUUGUUUGGAAGGCAUUGUGGAAACAUUGCGUGGCAAAGCACGUCUCGGUGGACCUAUUCGAGAGUUUCCAUGUCCAAAUUGUCGUGCGACAUUCAUACUUGAUCCCGACAAACAUGUCGCCGACAUGCCACGGAAUCAUUUUAUCUGUAACAUGGUAAAAGUGGCGGCCGUACUCGAUCGUGGAAUCGGUGUUCCUUGUUCACAUAAUUGUAGUCAAAGUUACUCGGUCGCUCGUUGCGUUACCUGUGAAAAAUUCCUAUGCCGAGAAUGUCUGACAGGCCACAACAAUUAUCGAGCCAACAACGGUCAUUCUGUUCUAACGAUGGAAGAGUUAUCAAAGCCAGAGAAUCGCAAGAAAAUCAACGACAAAAUGUAUUGCAAUGAACAUACGGGUAAGAAAUUGAAAGUUUACUGCGAAACCUGCAACCAACUGAUUUGCAGGGACUGCAUGGAUUUUAAACACGUCAAACAAGGUCAUUCGUGUGUUCUCGUCAAGGAUAUAGCGAACAACUAUAAGGAACUUCUUGCUUCAAAUGGCAAAGCAAUGGAAGACGCUUUAACUGAAGGCAAUGCAUUUCUUCAACGAUUAACGCUAACGACACAACAACUUGAUCGCGAUGCUGAAAAUGCCAAAAAUAAAAUUGCACAAAGGAAGGAAUUCGUUGCGAAGAAAAUCAUUGAAAUAUUGGAUCAAAAAGCUGAAAGUUUUUGUAAAAAAGUAGAUGAAAUUCACAAAGGCAAACGAGCCAAUUUGGAGCAGCAGACAGAAGAAACAAAGUUAUACGUAGAGAACAUAAAAACGUCUGUUCAACUUUCGAAAAAGUUGGUCGACCAAGGCUCAGAAGAAGAAAUCAUUUCCUCUCAGAAAAUGAUACUGGAUAACGCAAAUAAUCUCCUAGCAGAUCGCGAAGAGUAUUUCAAAGCACGUAUACCCGAUGCGAAAUUGAGCUACACUUCCUCAGCUGUCAAAGAACCAAUUAACGAAGAGAUUUUGAGAGAAUUGGCAAACAGCUUAGGAGAGGUUAAUGAAACGAGUAAAGAUACAGGUAAGGAACCAGUCCGUAAUGGGGGGAGGGAAAGUGGGGGGCAAAAGAAAACCCUAGAGUAAAUGUGGCAUUUGAAAAUACCCAGUUUGUUUUCUGGUGUAGCAUACUGUUUAAAAAUCAACUUCCAAAAUGAAGACUCGAGGUAACAAAUUUAAUCUAAAUAUAAGAGUUCCAGCAUUCUGAACCUGUUGAAGUCAUUCAUGUUUAGUACCUACAGCCUAGUUAUUACAAUGCAGUGACAGGAAAUACAACAUGAGGAAAAGGUGGGAACAUCGACCAUCUCUGAACCUCUAAACAUACUGUCUCCAUUAGCCCAAGUAAACGGUGUUAUAUGUCGUUAGAUAUUUUUAUUAUUUAGUUGAAAUUAUCCCUCUCAAUUAGUGACCAUCAUUUUUUAUUUGUAUAUUAGGAAGUCAAGGUGGCAAAUCUAGUCUAAAUCCAAAGGCCCCAGCAUUCUCUAUUCCUGGGAGUAGGCUUACUUCUCCUUUUGACAAUGCAGCUAUACGUAACAUGAUAGGAGGACAAGGUAUGUAUUUGUCUUGUUUAUAUUCGGUCUCCAUUUGCUCUUAACGGUUUGAAAAAUAUCAGAAAAGUGAAAAUACAGUUUAUGCUCACUGAUGUUUCGUUUACUUUUGAACAUGACAUCGCUCUUACGCUCUAUGUUUGAAAUUGGACUGCCAUUAAAUCGCAGCCAAUGUGCUGCACGAGGGAAUUUUUGCUGCGAUUUAAUUGCAUUACAAUUUCGGACUAGGCUUUUGGGACAGAAUUCCAAAAAAAGUUUCCGUUAUAGUGGGGCUCAAAUAUGCAUGAAUCAGAUACCAGAAGAGAUAAGAAGUUCGCUAUCUUAUGAUUCGUUUUACUAAGAGCUUUCUUCCUCGACCUUUGUGUCUAGAUUAAUUAUAUUGUUCAGUUAAUUUAAUAUAGAAGUUAUCAUAUACAUACAUAGAUACAUUGAUAAAUGUUGGCUUGGAUUUUUAUAUACUUUUUUAUAUACUUUUAUAGUGACUUUUCAUAACGUAAUGUUUGUUUAAACUUGUUGUUUAAUGUAUUAUAUAUAGUUUUAUUAUGCAGGACCUCCAUGAAAACCACGUCUGUGAUUGGAGCUUCCUGUUAAAAUAUUACUUUAAUAAUAAUAAUGGAAACUUUUUAUUAGAUAUUUACGAUAUACUAUAUAUACAUUGAUAUACCUCACUUAAUGAAAGGUAGCUUAUCGAUGUCCACUUGAAUUGAAUUUAAAGCUAAAAUAUAUAUACAUGUGAAAAUCUUUAAAUUUAGUUAAAAGUUUAAAAGUUCUGGGUUGAUCCAGUCUUUGUUUCGUCUACAGAAUAUAUAAUACGAGGUGCGAAUACAAGUAGCAAUUAUUUUCUUUUUUACAUAUUUAAUACAUUGUUCGUCGUACUUCAGAUCAUGGAGCAUAUCAAAUAAAGUAUUCGUCGAUUCACCAAAUACACCUAAAGAGCUUAUAGAUACAUUAACAAACUUAACUUCAUCAUACAUAUUUUCUUGAUCGGUAAUUAGAGUCAAAUAUUUUUCAUGUUUUCGAUCUGAGUUAGUUUUCAGGUUUGUUUCGAAUCCAACAGUUAAUUCAAGAAUGUACAAAAUCUUAUUAUCAAUUGUCAACAGAAGGUCUGGUCGUAACUCGUCACCAGUGAUGACAGAUGGGCUAAUAAAUCCAGGCAGAUCUACAUACAUUUUGG